GCUUUCCCCUCCUUUCAUCCUCCUCUUCCUCUGCGCUUAUUAAUAUCUCUCUGCGCUCGCUCCUCCGCCGCUCGCCGGAGCACCGCUGCGGGCGCUUCCUCCAUCACCUCAUCGCCGCCGCCGCCGCAGUGGGGCCUGUAGCUUACGUCGAGCGGGAAUUCUGGAGUCAGCGCCGUACGUUGGGGACGCGGCGGAUCGGAGCAGUGGCGAGCGCGGAUCCGAGCGUGCGUGGGAGCCGGUAGGGGGGCUCCGCAGGGGAAUGUGGGUCCCCGUUUGAGGAGGUCUCGGUCCGGGAAGCUGCGGCGAGAUGAGACGAUCAAGGAGGCCCGUCCUGUUGAGCUGGGGACUGCAAAGCAUGGGUGGCUUCAGCCACUGCCCUCAGGGUGUUUAGAUCAAGGGACCGAUGCCUCCAGAACAAUGGCAGGGAAUGAUGGAAUUGCCCUGAAAUCUGUGUCAUGCGGGGCAAGGUUGCGCAGGAGUUGUGAUGCAUCACUGAGAGAGGGAGGGUCUAUGAGAGACCCAUUCUUGAAGCACAGAGUGAAGAAGUUUAAUCUAUCCAGCCUAGAUUGGAUUGAUGAGAUUCCAGAUUGUCCCGUGUUUUCUCCAUCAAUUGAGGAGUUUGAGGAUCCAAUGGUUUAUCUCAGGAAAAUUGCACCUGUGGCUGCAAGAUAUGGUAUAUGCAAGAUCGUUUCACCUAUCUGUGCUUCUGUACCUGCUGGUGCUGUACUGAUGAAGGAACUAGGUGGGAUUAAGUUUACAACAAGAGUUCAGCCUCUCCGUCUUGCUGAAUGGUCCAAGGAUGACAAGUUUGCUUUCUUCAUGAGUGGAAGGAAGUACACAUUUCGAGAGUUUGAGAAGAUGGCAAAUAAAGAAUUUGUUCGAAGAUACUCCAGUGCUGCCUGUCUUCCACCAAGGUAUAUGGAAGAGGAAUUUUGGCAUGAAAUAGCUUUCGGCAAGAUGGAGUCUGUUGAGUAUGCAUGUGAUAUUGAUGGUAGUGCGUUCUCUUCUUCUCCUAAUGACCAACUUGGGAGAAGCAAAUGGAACUUGAAGAGAUUCUCACGGUUGCCCAACUCUACACUGCGUCUUCUCAAAGCAGCAGUUCCGGGAAUAACAGAUCCAAUGCUGUAUAUUGGAAUGCUCUUUAGUAUGUUUGCCUGGCAUGUGGAAGACCAUUACUUGUACAGUAUUAACUAUCACCACUGUGGGGCCUCAAAAACAUGGUAUGGCAUUCCAGGAAAUGCUGCUUCCGAUUUUGAGAAAGUGGUACGUGAGCAUGUAUAUGAUCAUGAAAUUUUAUCAGGUGAAGGGGAAAGUGCAGCAUUUGAUGUUCUUUUGGGGAAGACUACAAUUUUCCCUCCAAAUAUUUUGCUGCAUCAUUGUGUUCCUGUCUAUAGAGCUGUACAAAAACCUGGAGAGUUUGUUAUAACAUUUCCCCGAGCUUAUCAUUCUGGUUUCAGCCAUGGUUUUAAUUGUGGUGAGGCAGUAAAUUUUGCUAUGGGUGAAUGGUUUCCUCUGGGCGCAAUUGCUAGUCAACGUUAUGCACUUCUAAAGAGGGUACCAGUACUACCUUAUGAGGAGCUUCUUUGUAAAGAAAUGUCACUUGUUGCUGAUGGGUUUUCCAUGUCUGAUCACAAAGAUAUUACCUUAACUGGAGAUACACAUAUACAGAGCAAUAUGAAGGCCCCUUUUGUGCAGUUGAUGCGGUUCCAACACCGUGUUCGUUGGUCACUUGUGAAAAUGGGUGCUCGCACACACUACAAAGCAGACAUUGAUGCCACAGUUCUCUGUGGCAUAUGCAAACGUGACUGCUAUGUAACUCACAUUAUGUGUAACUGCAGAGUUGAUGCAAUUUGCCUUUGUCAUGAGGAAGAGAUUAGGAAGUGCCCUUGCGGCUGUGACCGUGUUGUAUUUGUGAGGAAAGACAUCUUUGAACUGGAGGCACUAUCAAAAAAGUUUGAGGAAACUGGAAUACUGGAUGCAGUAGUAAAACAAAUGUCUCAAAGUGAUGGCUCUAGCGCACACCAUUACUUGUUCAACUGCAUGGACCGCAAUGUUAAAUACAUCCCAUAUUGCAAGAUUCAAAUAGAUGCUUUCCCUGAAGUUCAUACCAUUUCAGAUACAGACGUUCUUGGAUAUGAUUUGAACAAGCCGUAUCCUACAGCAUCAACAAUAACUUUUUCACAUGGGCCCCAUGACUAUUCUACACAUAGUGAUGAGUGUACUAGUUCUAACAGAAGAACCUUCUCUAGCUCCUGUCCUGCGAAUGCAAUUACUUCUGAAACUGUAACAGUCAAUGCCUAUCCUUUAUCUACUCCUGAUCAAGCAUUCUCGUCUGACAAAUUGGCUGCACAAGAUACUGAUGAUUCUGACUGUGAGGUAUUUAGAGUGAAGAGAAGGUCUGGCAUAGUUUUGGAGAAAAGACGUUCAGAAGAUGUAACAACAGAUCUAACUGAGAAUCAGGUUUUAAAGCGGUUAAAGAAAGCCUAUUCAGAUGCCAGACAAGAGAAAAAGUUAACAAAAUUAUCCUGUGGUACAAGAGGUGAUACUGUUCGUACUGAAUCACAUUGUGUUGACAACAUUUCUGGAAAUGGAGACAACUUAAUCAAUCCAACCAAAUUGAAGACGAUACAUCAGCUAGAUGCAGAUGUUGUGGAAGACGAAGUCGCUUUCAGACAGAAAUCUAAUGGUUGUAGUUACCUAUCUCCAUCUGUAGAGCUUGGGCCAAAACGCUUGAAAAUUCAUGGCCCGUCCUUUCCCAGCACAAUUUCUGAACUGGAAAUAUCUUAUAGAUUCCAGGAGGACAGUGACUUGGCUAGUCAGCACGCUCAAUGAAGUAUGCUGCUAUUGGUGCUAACUGCUAACACAACGUAAGUUAACAGCAAUCGUAACUUCUGGAAGCUGAAAGCUCCUAUUCCAACUUUUUGGUCGGCCAGUUGGUAAUGGAUGGUUCAGAACUGAUUCUUUCUACAAGCCUCCAAUAGAGGCACUGUUAUGGCUGGAUUCAUGAUUCUAUUGCCAGGUCUCCUAUGUGGCAUGAGACCUGAAAGCAUUAGGCAAACAAUUUCUGAUGUUCCUUGGUUGUACAUCUUCAUUCUUCACUUUUCCCCUUUCUUGUAGGUUUUCCACUGUGAAGAGGUUAGUCUACAACUUUUAACAAUUUCUUUCAUUCUUUUUCCACAGAUACACCUGUACCUAGAAUGCUUAAAUAGACCCAUAUACGAAAUGGAUACUGUACAUCUUUUAAUGAACCACUCUACAUUCUAUUGGUCUUUGCUCUUUUUUGUAGUAUGGAAUCAUCACAUUUUCUUA